AUGUGGGCGCCGGGCGCCCCCUCGGGCCCCGCGGGCUGGGACCGCCGCCGGGUGGGCGCGCGGCUGCGCGCGGCGCUGGCCGGGCUGCACGAGCUGCAGGGUCUGCGCGCCGCGCACCAGGCGCGGGUGCGGGGCGCCCUGGCCGCGCAGCCCCCGCCGCCCGGGGGCCCCGACCCCUGCGGCGCCCGGGGCCCGGAGCUGCGGCUGGAGGCGACGCUGGCCGCCCUGCAGGAGCAGCUGUCCCGGCUGAGGCGGCGGGACACCGGCCUGAAGACUCACCUGGACCAGCUGGGCCAGCAGAUCGGCGAGCUGCAGCUGGACGUGUGCCGGCCCUCCUGCGACGCCCUGGACAGCGACAGCAGGCCCAGCUCGGGCUUCUACGAGCUGAGCGACGUGGGCUCCUCCUGUGCCUCCGUGUGCAGCGAGCGCCUCUCCCCUUCGCCGGGCACCGGGCCGCCCGUCUUCCCGCCCGCCAAAGCCCGGCCCGGCGUGGGCGACUGGCGGCCCCGGUCGGCCGACGAGACCUCGGUGCCCACGCGGAGGCCCCCGCCCACGGAAGAGGGCGCCCGGCCCCCCCGGGAGCGAGCUGACAACGCCGGCCAGCCCUGCGGUGUGUUCCGGCCCAGGCCAGUGUCUACCGGUGACCUUGAGAGAGUUCUCCCAGCUGACCGGGGGCCGCACAGCGCGGGCCCAGACAGCGCGCCUGCCGCCUUCUUCUGCCCGGGGCUAGACAUGCCCUCCCAGGCCCUGGACCCCACAUACCAGCGCGACCUGGUCUCCAGGGGGGGGCAGGAGGUGUACGCGUACCCCAGCCCUCUGCACGCAGUGGCCCUGCAGAGCCCCCUGUUUGCUCUCACCAAGGAGACCCCGCAACGCCUCAAGCACUCGCCCCCCGACCCCCCUCUAGGCGCCGGAAGUCCGAGUGGGACCCAGGCCGGGCCCGUCCAUGCGCUGGGCACAGCUGGAGCCUACAUCGACCGGCUGCUGAAUCUGAGGGUCCAGAGGGCCCCCCAGCGGAGUGCCGUGGGGGCGCAGGGCCCCCCGGGAUGUGGCGCGUCUCGCUCCCCACAGCGCCCACGGGGCCGGUGGUGGGCGGGCGGUGGCCGGCCCGGGGAGCCGGGGCGCACCCCGGGGGAGGACGCGCCCAGCGGGGCCGCCAGCAGGGCCCGCCCCGCGCAGCAGCGGCCUGUGGCCUCCGUGGACUCCCUCUCCCCCCACGGCCCCCCGGAGGACGGGCCCCCGCCCUGGAGCGGCCACGUGGACCGGGAGCCCGCCGCAGGCCCCCCGCCCUGCACCCCGAUUCCGCAGCGCCGCGGGGACGGUGGCCCGGGCGGGGUCCCGUCGCCCUCUGGGAAGGGGGCCCGCGGGAGCCCCCUGCGGGCCCCGGGGCCCUGUGUCCGCCCGGCCCGCACCGCCCGCGAAGCCUCUCCCGCCGGGCUGAAGGCCGGCCUCCCGCCGAUGCGGGCCGCGAGGGCCCGGAGCCGGGCCGGCAGCAGGGCGCCGCGGCCCGGGAAGCCUCCCCCGGCACCGCCCGGAACGCCCCGGGGCUUCCACGCCGUCCCCGUGCUGCCCCUGGCCUGGGACCCCCAGUGCAGACCCCCCGGCGGAGGCCCCAGGGGGAGGCCCGUGCUGGCCAGGGGGGCUCCUGGGCGGUCCUGCUCCGAGUCCACCCUCUACCCGGCGCCUCUCCUCGUCCCCCUGGUCGUGGCCCGGCGGGAGGGGUACCUGUCCCCCGGGGGGCCGGCGCCCCUCGGUCCCCCCUCCCGGAGGAAGCAGCGCCGGUGGCAGUCCACCGUGGAGAUCUCAGCCCAGGGCCGCCCCGCCAGCCGCCCCGAGCCCAGCGCGGGGCCCCCCAGGCCCGUGACGAGGAAAGCGAGCGGUCCUGGGGCCCAGAGCAAGCCGCCGCUGGCCCGCCAGGACGCCUGCACCCGGGGCGGGCCGGAGCCCUCGGAGGAGGCGGCCGAGUGUGCCUCCCUGUUCCACGCCACCAUCGCUGAGACCAGCGAGGAGGAGGAGGAGGAGGAGGAGGAGGGGGAGGCCAGCGACCACACCACCAGCCGCUUUGGGGACCAGGAGUCCAGCAGCAGCGACACCGAGUGCCGUGUGCAGAGCAGCAGCAGCAGCCCAGCCGCCGACAGGGCAGAGGCUGUGCGGGGGGCGCCGGCCUGGCCGGGGGAGCCCCCCCAGUCUCUCCCCAAGGCCCCCAGGGGGGCGAGGCCGCCCUUGCCCCCCGUGCCCAAGCUGUGCCGCAUCAAGGCCUCCAAGGCCCUGAAGAAAAAGAUCCGCAGGUUCCAGCCCACAGCCUUGAAGGUCAUGACCAUGGUGUGAGCGGCGGGGCCCUGAGCGGGACGUGACCCAGGCCACGCGGCAGGUCGA